GUGCCUUUUCUAUUAUAUUUCUCUGACGAACAUAAGAAAUCAGCUCUCAGAUUCCAGCAGGCAAAUACAGAGGCCGGCUUGUGCAUUCAAGCCAUCUCCUCCGGCCAGUGCACUUAAUUAUUUCACAGCCAAGAGAUAAACUUUAAUAAACAACUGUCACUGCUGCAUAAAUAUAUUGCACAGUGUAUGCUAACACACACACACACACACACACACACACACACACACACACACACAGGGCCUCUUGAUGGCCUUUCUCUAUUUAGCUCUAAUAAAGCGGGAUCUUCAAUUGAGCUUGCUUUCCAGAGUUAUAUGGGAAAUCUUAUUUUAGCAAUUAUUAAGGCUGGAACGAGGAAGGGCAUUUCCUGUGGAGCUGAACGGCGCGAGCAGCAUGAAGAACCAACUUUGGAAACACGAAACCUCCCUGUUGCUUUUUCUUGUCCUCCUAGUGCAGAUUUUUGGUUUGGAUGAUGACAACCGGUCAGCGACGGAGAUCUGUUCCACUCAUACCAUUCUACCAGGACCGAAAGGAGAUGAAGGAAAAAAGGGAGACCAAGGAGAAAUGGGCAAGCACGGGAAACUCGGCCCCACAGGAUCCAAAGGAGACAAAGGAGCGGUUGGCGAUAUUGGCGACCAAGGGAUCAUGGGUAAAAUUGGACCGAUUGGCAGAAAGGGUGACAAAGGACUGAAGGGGUUAUCUGGUGUAUCUGGAGGAAAGGGCAAAGCAGGUGCUGUCUGUGACUGCGGGAAAUAUCGCAAAGUCGUUGGACAACUGGACAUCAACGUUGCUCGGCUCAAGAGUUCCAUCAAGUUUGUGAAGAAUGUGUUAGCAGGUAUCAGGGAAACAGAGGAGAAAUACUAUUACAUCGUACAGGAAGAAAAAAGCUACAAGGAAGCGCUCACUCAUUGCAGGAUUCGAGAUGGGGUUCUGGCGAUGCCGAAGGAUGAGGCUGCCAACGCCGUGAUCUCUGACUAUGUAUCCCAAAGUGGCCUCUUCCGAGUCUUCAUUGGCCUGAGCGACAUGGAGAACGAAGGGCAGUUCGUGUAUGCUGACCGUACUCCAUUGCAGAGCUACAGCAAUUGGAAGGAAGGAGAACCUCAGGACACCUCCGGGCAGGAAGACUGCGUGGAAAUGCUCAGCACCGGGCAGUGGAAUGAUACGGAGUGCCAUCACACGAUGUACUUUGUCUGCGAAUUCCCAAAGAAGAGAAAGUAGGCGCCAGAGGGAAUCUGUGGCACACCCUAUGAUCACCCUGUGCUGGUCAGCUAUUGAACUAAGAGUCUAGGAGAGGAAUCUGCUUCCAAUACACCAGGUAUACAGAACUGGUGGCCCUCCAUAAAUUGUUGGACUCCAAAUCCCCUCAUCCUUAUGUUGGCUGGGGCUGAUGGCCCUUGGAGUUCAACAAACUCUGGAGGGACAUUAACAAUGACACUAUAAUUUGGAUAUUUACUACUCAAUAAAUCUUUUAGUACUGAAGUUUGAGAUCUGGGCCUUCUGCUAGGUCUCCUCAUUAUCUUCAGACACAGCACCCUAAGCUGUUGUCCUUUCUCCUUGCUUCCAACAUCUGGAGCUCAUCCACAGGCCUGAUUAUAGACAACCACUGGCAAACACAAUGAGUGCCAAAGCCACAAGUGAUAGAAGAAAGGGCAUCCUCGACGUAUGCAUAUCCUUAUAUGGCACCGAUCCUCAGAAUACUUACAGGCCAGUCCUAAGCAGCUUUUCUUGGGGGUACAUCUCACCGAGUUCAAUAGGACUGAGGCUUGGUCUACACAUAUAGAAAAAUGAGAAUAGAAUACAGCUUCAGAGAGCAGGUGGUGGAGUGAAUGCUUAUGAAUUCUGCUCCCCUCUUAAUUAUUGUAUUUUAGGAACUCCAGCAAAUAGAGAACCAGUGUAACAAGUAAAGGUCUGGUUUUCUGUCUGGAGGCAGGAUUGAUUUUGCUUUUCUACACGGAAGCAAUCAAAAUUAUUAUCCCUUACUGGCUGUAGCACAGUCUGUUCUACCACCACACUUGGAACUCAUUCCCCUGCAUGUUGGUUCCAGCGUAAGUAUAUUUAGGACUUUACCCUUCCUCCGACACAGCAGCCUGGCUGCUUCUGAUAAAUUUCAGUGCGAUGUCAGUGAGAUUAUUCCUGGGGCUUCAUUUCUCAUGCCGUGUACUAUAUCACAGAAUUGUUGUGAAGGUUAGGACACAAUAAAGACUAUAGCAUGGUG